AUGGAUAAAAGUUGGAUGCAUGCUUCUCGGAUUAGUAGGGAAUAUGAUGACGGAGUUAAAGAAUUUUUGGACUUUGCAAAACGCCGUCUUCCAAAUAAUAAUGGGAGGUUUUUUUGUCCUUGUAAGAAGUGUUGCAAUUUAACAAAAUUAAGUGCAAAUGACAUAUAUGAUCAUCUAAUUUGUGAUGGAAUUAAUCUAAGUUAUACAAAAUGGAUAUGGCAUGGUGGAGGGGGGGAAAUAACUAGUACAUCUAACACUUAUGUUGAGAACGAAGCAAAUGAAGAUGAUGAGUCUGAAGAUCGGUUGGAUGAAAUGUUUCGCGAUGUUGGAGAAGAGUUCACCGAUCGAUCAAAUGAGUUAGAUGAAUUAUUAAGUGAUUCAAAACAACCUUUAUGGCCAGGGUGUAGUAAAUAUACUCGGUUAUCUGCUGUUCUGAAAUUAUUCAAUUUAAAAGCUGGAAAUGGAUGGAGCGACAAGAGUUUUACAGCUUUACUUGGGUUAUUAAAAGAUAUGCUUUCAGAAGAUAAUGAACUUCCAAAGAAUACAUAUGAUGCCAAGAAAAUUCUGUGUCCCAUGGGUAUGGAGUAUGAAAAGAUACAUGCUUGUCCUAACGAUUGCAUAUUCUUUAGGAAUGAUUAUAAAGAAUUGCAUGCAUGUCCAAUCUGUGGGGCAUCUCGGUACAAACGAAGAGAGCAUGUUGUUGGUACGGCAAGUUUAAAAGGGCCACCAGCUAAAGUUUUGUGGUAUAUCCCAAUUGUUCCAAGAUUUAAGCGUUUGUUUUCAAAUCUAAGUGACGCGAAAAACUUAACAUGGCAUGUAGAUAAAAGAAUAUCUGAUGGAAAGCUUCGUCACCCUGCUGAUUCUCCUCAAUGGAAAACUUUUGAUAAUGCUUUUCCUGAAUUUGGCCAUGAGUCUAGAAAUCUUAGACUUGGACUUUGUACUGAUGGAAUAAACCCUCACGGAAACCUAAGUAGUAAUGACAUAGAUGUCUUUUUGGCCCCUUUGGUUGAAGAUUUGAAAAAAUUGUGGGAUGAAGGUGUGAUAGUGUUUGAUGCAUACCGGAAAGAGAAUUUUAAGUUGCAAGCUAUGCUUUUCUGCACAAUCAAUGACUUUCCAGCUUAUGGAAACCUAUCUGGGUAUAUUGUCAAAGGACAUAAGGCAUGCCCUAUUUGUGAAGAGAAUACAUGCUAUUAUCAACUUGUUCAUGGUAGAAAGACAGUUUACAUGGGGCACCGGAGGUUUCUUGAUAGAUUUCACCCUUAUAGGAGAUUAAAAAAAGCUUUCAAUGGGCAACAAGACUAUACAAAUGCUCCACAACCACUGACUGGGAUUGAAGUUUAUGAACGUGUGCAAGGUAUAAAUGUUACGUUUGGUAAGACUCAGAAGCUAAUAUCUCAAAGAGGUAAGAGGUCAAAAACUAAUGUUGAGAUACGUUCAACUGAAAAGAGUCCAUGGAAAAAAAAAUCUAUAUUCUUUGAUCUUCCAUAUUGGAAGACAUUAGAUGUGAGGCAUAGUAUUGAUGUGAUGCAUGUGGAGAAAAAUGUAUGUGAUAGUAUUGUUGGAACUCUUUUAGACAUAAAGGGUAAGACUAAAGAUGGACUCAAUGCUAGAUUGGACUUGAUUGAAAUGAACAUAUGA